AUGGCCUCUUGGACAAUCUGUCGUCAGGGUUGCAAUCCCAGACAUGGUUCUUGUAAAAUACCCGGCGAAUGCAGGUGUCAGUAUGGAUGGCAAGGCCAGUACUGCGAUAAAUGCAUUCCACACCCGGGCUGUGUCCAUGGAACGUGCAACGAACCGUGGCAAUGCCUCUGUGAAACCAACUGGGGUGGCCAAUUCUGCAAUAAAGAUCUCAACUACUGUGGGACUCACCCGCCUUGUUUGAAUGGAGGGACCUGUAGCAACACGGGCCCUGACAAAUACCAGUGUUCCUGCCCUGAAGGCUAUUCAGGACAAAACUGUGAAAUUGCGGAACACGCCUGUCUUUCGGAUCCUUGCCACAACGGAGGAAGUUGCCUCGAGACCCCUACUGGAUUUGAAUGUCUCUGUGCACUUGGCUGGGCAGCACCAACCUGCAUGCUUAAUAUUGAUGACUGUUCUCCAAACCCUUGUGGGCAUGGAGGAACUUGCCAGGAUCUAGUUGAUGGAUUUAAAUGUGUUUGCCCACUACAGUGGACUGGUAAAACUUGUCAAAUAGAUGCCAAUGAAUGCGAGAGCAAACCUUGUAUCAAUGCCAAUUCCUGCAGGAACCUGAUUGGUAGUUAUUACUGCAAUUGUAUUGCUGGCUGGACUGGCCAGAAUUGUGAGACAAACAUUGAUGACUGUGUGGGACAGUGUCAGAACGGAGGGACUUGUAAGGAUUUAGUGAACGGUUAUCGCUGUCUCUGUCCACCUGGCUACAUCGGGGAUCACUGCGAGAGGGACAUCAAUGAAUGCGCAAGCAGCCCUUGUUUGAAUGGGGGCCACUGCCAAGAUGAAAUCAAUGGCUUCCAAUGUCUCUGCCUGGCUGGCUUCUCGGGAAACAUCUGUCAGUUGGACGUAGAUUACUGCGAGCCCAACCCUUGCCAGAAUGGGGCCCAGUGCUUCAAUUACGAGAGCGAUUAUUUCUGCAGCAACUGUCCGGAUGAUUACGAGGGCAAGAACUGUUCCCACCUCAAGGAUCACUGCCGCUCAACUCCUUGUGAAGUGAUUGACAGCUGCACUGUUGCUGUCGCUUCCAACAGCACCCCAGAAGGAGUUCGCUAUAUCUCUUCCAAUGUUUGUGGGCCCCACGGCAAGUGCAAGAGCCAAGCAGGCGGCAAGUUUACUUGUGAAUGCAACAAAGGCUUCACUGGCACCUAUUGUCAUGAAAACAUCAAUGACUGUGAGAGCAACCCAUGUAAAAAUGGCGGCACCUGCAUUGACGGCAUCAACUCCUACAAGUGCAUUUGUAGCGACGGCUGGGAAGGCACCUUCUGUGAAGCCAAUAUCAAUGAUUGCAAUAAAAGCCCUUGCCACAAUGGAGGGACGUGCCGAGACUUGGUCAAUGACUUUUUCUGUGAAUGCAAAAAUGGCUGGAAAGGAAAAACUUGCCACUCACGUGACAGUCAGUGUGACGAAGCCACAUGCAACAACGGAGGGACUUGUUAUGAUGAGGGCGACGUCUUCAAGUGCAUGUGUCCUGCAGGAUGGGAUGGAGCCACUUGCAAUAUAGCACGGAACAGCAGCUGCCUGCCAAACCCUUGCCAUAAUGGGGGAACCUGUGUUGUAAGCGGAGAGUCUUUCACGUGUGUCUGCAAAGAAGGUUGGGAAGGACCUACGUGCACGCAGAAUACAAAUGACUGCAGUCCACAUCCUUGCUACAAUAAUGGAAUCUGUGUGGAUGGAGAAAAUUGGUACCGCUGUGAAUGUGCUCCAGGUUUUGCAGGUCCUGACUGCCGGAUAAAUAUCAAUGAAUGUCAGUCUUCACCUUGUGCUUUUGGAGCUACAUGCAUAGAUGAAAUCAAUGGAUAUCGCUGUAUUUGUCCACCCGGCCGUGGAGGUCCCAGAUGCCAAGAAGUUUCAGGAAGACCCUGCAUUGCCAGUGGGCAUAUUAUUCCAGAUGGUUCAAAGUGGGAUGACGAAUGCAACAGCUGUCAGUGUGCGAAUGGAAAAAUCUCUUGUUCUAAGGUGUGGUGCGGCCCAAAGCCUUGUGUGAUAAACACCAAGGGCCAGAGUGAAUGUCCCACGGGCCACACCUGUCAUCCAGUUAAAGCUGACCACUGCUUUGUCCCACCCUGUGACAAUGUGGGCGAAUGCUGGCCAUCAAAUCAACAGCCAGUGAAAAUGACCUGCAGUUCUGAUUCUUACUAUCAAGAACAUUGCGCUAACAUUACCUUCACCUUCAACAAAGAGAUGAUGACUCCGGGUCUGACAACUGAGCAUAUCUGCAGCGAACUGCGGAAUCUGAAUAUCUUGAGGAAUAUCUCCAUUGAACACGCGCUCUACAUCACCUGUGAGCCAUCGCAUUUGGCAAGCAAUGAAAUUCACGUGGCAAUUUCUGCUGAAGAUAUCCAUGAGGAAAAUAAUCCGGUAAAGGAAAUAACUGAUAAAAUUAUCGAUCUGGUCAGCAAACGUGAUGGGAAUAGCACGCUUAUUGCAGCUGUUGCAGAAGUCCGAGUCCAGAGGCGGCCAAUUAAGAGCAAAACAGGUUUCUUGGUUCCGUUACUGAGCUCCAUUUUAACUGUGGCUUGGAUCUGUUGCCUGGUCACCGCCUUCUACUGGUGCAUCAGGAAGCGGCGAAAGCAGAGCACUCAUACACAUACCGCCUCGGAAGACAACACCACCAACAACGUGCGGGAGCAAUUGAACCAAAUCAAGAACCCCAUAGAGAAGCACGGGGCCAACGCUGUGCCGAUCAAAGACUAUGAGAACAAGAACUCCAAAAUUGCCAAAAUAAGGACACACAACUCAGAGGUGGAGGAGGACGACAUGGACAAGCACCAGCAGAAAACCCGAUUUGCCAAGCAGGCAACCUACACGCUAGUAGACAGAGAUGAAAAGCCGCCCAACGGCACGCCUACAAAACACCCCAAUUGGACAAACAAACAAGACAACCGGGACUUGGAAAGCGCACAGAGUCUAAACCGAAUGGAAUAUAUCGUAUAGCAGACAGCAGGUGCUGCCGUGCAGGGCCUUUACCUAUCAAUCUAAGGCAACUCGGAGCUUGUAGUUCUUAAAACGGUUGUGUAAUAUUUUGAGUCUAAGGCUAUUAUUUGCUUAAUAUCCCUGUGUUAAUUUAAAGUUUUGACAAGCUGGCUUACACUGGCAGUGAUAGUUGCUGUGGUUGGCUGGAUUACCAAGUGCUGCAUUUCACAUCUAUGCAAAACUAGUCAAAAAGUGCCCCCUCUGUCAAUUCAGCAACAGCCGACGCAUCCCAGAAAGAUUUCAUAAGGAAUCGCUAGGAUUUUAUUUUGCUUAUUUUUUUUUUUUUCUUCCCUCGAGCAGGAAAGAAAUAUAUACACAUUGGUGGGUCUGAGGUUUUUUUUUCCUCCUUACUUCUCUCUUGAGACGUCGCAAUCUGUAGUCUUAGAACAAAAAAAAUACGUUUUUAUUUAUUUAUUGAAUUAGAGUUCUUCUGUAUAUUGGGUUUUAUGGUGACAUGCAACUAGUUCUGUAUUUGAAAGUGCCUUUGCAGCUCAGAACCACAGCAACUAUCAAAGAAAAGUUUAUUAUUUAUUUUUUUAUUGUAACGUUUUUGUUGUUGUUGCUUUGUUUAGGGUAAGAGAGGGACCAGGAAGAUUCAUGUCAGCAGUUGCUGGUAAAAAUAAUAAUAAUGAAGAAUUGAGAGGAAAAUGUGUCAAAAGUAGAAGUUUGUAUAGUUAUGUAAAUAAUUCUUUUUUUAUUAAUCACUGUGUAUAUUUGAUUUAUUAACUUAAUAAUCAAGAGCCUUAAAUAUCAUU